AUGGCAAGCGCUGGCGGCAAUGUCGGAGGUGGUCGAGCUUCUCUGGUUAUGCUGCCAGUGCUCGUGGCGUUGGCGUGCUUGAUCUUCGUCCCCGUCGCCGACGCGCAGCUCAAGGUCGGUUACUACAACUCCACCUGCCCUGGGGCCGAGGACCUCAUCAGCACCAUCGUCCUCGCCGCCGUCCGCAUGGACAGAGGCAACGGCCCCGGCCUUGUCCGCCUCUUCUUCCACGACUGCUUCGUCAGGGGCUGCGACGGCUCGGUGCUGCUUGACGACCCGACGGGCACCCCGGGCAACCAGACGGUGGAGAAGACGGCCCCGCCAAACUUCCCCAGCCUGCGCGGCUUCGGCGUCAUCGACCGCGCCAAGCGCGUGGUGGAGCGCCGCUGCCCGGGCAUCGUCUCCUGCGCCGACAUCGUCGCCUUCGCCGCCCGCGACGCCUCCCGCAUCAUGGGCGGCAUCAACUUCGCCAUGCCCUCCGGCCGCCUCGACGGCCGCGUAUCCAACUCCUCCGAGGCGCUCGCCAACCUGCCGCCCUCCAGCUUCAACCUCACGCAGCUGAUCACCGCCUUCGCGGCCAAGAACCUCACCGCCGACGAGAUGGUCACGCUCUCGGGCGCCCACUCAUUCGGCCGCUCCCACUGCUCCUCCUUCUCGCAGCGCCUCUACCCGCAGAUCGACCCCACGCUCAACAUCACGCUCGCCAAGAGCCUCCGCGCCGGCAAGUGCCCCGCCGCCACGGGGGGACGCGACCGCGUCGUGCAGCUCGACGCCAAGACGCCGCUCAUGCUCGACAACCAGUACUACAAGAACAUCGGCACGCACGAGGUGCUCUUCACCUCCGACCAGACGCUGCUCGACCGGAACGACACGGCCACGCUCGUCGCGCAGUUCGCCGCCAACCGGAAGCUCUGGUCGCAGAAGUUCGCCGCCGCCAUGGUGAAGAUGGGCUACGCCGACGUGCUCACAGGACCGCCGGGCGAGAUCAGGAAGGUGUGCAGCCGAGUGAACUAGUGCUACAAAAGUGCCGGCCUUUCCGUCCAAACUGAGCCAUCUGCACAUGUGCACUCCGGUAACUGUACAUGCUAUACGUUUUGCGUUAGCUCCCACCGACGUGACCCUUGCGUCGAUUGAUCA